GGAAGGACUCCGCUUUGCCUCCGUGUGGCUGCUGCUCGGCCCCAGGCUGCAGCUGGGAAGCAGGCGUGGGCAGGCCGGUUGUACCUGGCCUGGAGCUCCAGAUUAGAAGAGGAGCCAUGUCAGAAGAAACAGUAAGUGAAUCACAGUUUUCCUUGAAGACAGCUGCCCUAAGAGUGUUUGAUCUUCCUCUGACUUGGUACUAUUCUCUCUCCCAGAUCAAGUUUUCUCCAGUGGCUAAAAAGUUGUUUGUGGUAACGGCAGUGAGUGCUAUAUCUGUAAUUUUUCUGGCCCAUCACUUUAAAAGAAAACGUGGAAAGAAGAAAGGAAAAAUAUUACCAUGGGAACCAGAGCACCUCAUACUUGAGUACACUAAAAGAACAGCAUCAGACAAAGGUUCAAGUUGUUCCGGUAGCAGACAGAAUUUGACAUUAUCUUUAAGUUCUACCAAAGACAAAGGAUCUCAAGCUUGUAACUAUGCUAAUGGAGGACUUUUCAAUAAAUAUUCAGGUUCUGCACAGAGUUUGGCCUCCGUCCAGAGUGUCAAUUCUUGUCAUAGCUGCGCUUGUGGCAAUUCUAAUUCCUGGGACAAAGCAGAUGAAGAUGAUAUUAAACUUGUUAAUAUUCCUGUGACUACUCCAGAGAACUUAUACUUAAUGGGUAUGGAAUUGUUUGAAGAGGCAUUGCGUCGAUGGGAACAAGCUCUAACCUUUCGCAAUAGACAGGCUGAAGAUGAAGCUUGUGGUUCCAUUAAACUGGGUGCAGGAGAUGCCAUUGCUGAAGAAAAUGUAGAUGAUAUUAUUAGUACUGAAUUUAUCCAUAAACUCGAAGCUCUACUCCAAAGAGCCUAUCGUCUCCAAGAGGAGUUCGAAGCUACCCUUGGGGCAUCUGAUCCUAAUUCCCUUGCUGAUGAUAUUGAUAAAGAUACAGAUAUCACCAUGAAGGGUAAUGUGGAUGACUUUGGCCUGCGAGACACCUUGAGCAUCGCAUCCACGGAUUCCUUUGCUUCAGCAGCAGAGCUUGCAGAACACAGAGAAGUACGGCAUACCUACAGCCUGGAGUCCCUUUGUCACUGCCCAUUUUACGAGGAAGCCAUGCAUUUAGUUGAAGAAGGAAAAAUUUACUCCAGAGUACUGAGAACUGAAAUGUUGGAGUGCCUAGGAGACAGUGAUUUUCUUGCCAAACUUCACUGUAUUCGACAGGCUUUUCAGGUAAUUCUUUCAGAGUCAGCCAACAGGAUAUUCCUCGCUGAAAGUGGAAGGAAAAUUUUAUCAGCUUUAAUUGUGAAGGCACGAAAGAAUCCAAAGAAGUUUGAAGAUGUUUUUGAUGAAAUGAUCUAUUUUUUAGAGCAGACCGAUCACUGGGAUAGUACUGAAAUGGAACUUGCUGCUAGAGGGGUGAAAAAUCUAAAUUUUUAUGAUGUUGUUCUGGAUUUUAUAUUAAUGGAUUCCUUUGAAGAUUUGGAAAACCCACCCACAUCCAUACAGAAUGUAGUAAAUAAUCGAUGGCUAAACUCAUCCUUCAAAGAAACAGCUGUGGCUUCAAGUUGUUGGUCGGUGCUGAAACAGAAAAGACAACAGAUGAAGAUCCCAGAUGGAUUUUUUGCCCAUUUUUAUGCCAUUUGUGAACACAUCAGUCCUGUCCUAGCCUGGGGCUUUUUGGGUCCUAGAAAUUCUCUCUAUGAUUUAUGUUGCUUUUUUAAGAAUCAAGUUCUUUUAUUUCUCAAAGACAUUUUUGACUUUGAAAAGGUGCGCUAUUCAAGUACAGAGACUUUAGCUGAAGACCUCAUGCAGUUACUCAUUCGCCGCACUGAGCUUUUAAUGGCCUAUCUUGAAGCAGAUGCCCUGAGGCAUACAAGUAGUUGUCUAAGUAGUCAUGGUCAUGUUAUGUCCACUGGGCUACUGGAAGCCAAAGUACAAUAAGUACCAUAAGAAUCAUGCAAUUUGAGUGUGCUAUGAAACAUUUUAAGGUAACUAUUGAUUUUGUAACAUAUAUUACAGAAUCAACAGAAUUGGUGCAUGUGGAUUCAGGAGGAAAAAAAUCUAGUAAAAAUAAGCAACUGUACUGUAUUUAUACAGAAGUUCUGUCAUUGAAUUCCUGUGUAGUGUAGUCAUAGUGGCUUUUUGCACUUACUAGGUAAUAAUCAAAGUUGUGAAAUGUAUCUUUUACAGAAAUAUUGCUUGAAUUGAAGCCAGUAUUUGGGAGUUAAUUGGUUUGUCUUCUUGAAGCUGUCAUUCUCAAAAGCUCUGUUUUUAUGUUUUGCACCUUUAAAAUGUACACUUUAGCCAAGAUCUUUGUGGCCCACACAUGCAAGAAUAUAUUACUCCUAGUGUCAGUAUAUUUAACUUUGCCUAGAAACAUAUUUUUAAUUAUAAAGUUAUUCAUUUGUUUAAUCAAAUCUAGGCAGUAAUGAUGUUUAACAUGUACUGCAUACAUUAUUGCUUGUGCAUUUGCUUAUGUAUUUGAAGCAAAGAAAUUGUAAUCACUGAAUAUUGUUAUAGUAUAUUUAAAUGGGCCACUUGUAGUGGCUCAUGCCUGUAAUACUUCGGGAGGCUGAGGCAGGAGGGUAGUUUGAGGCUAGGAGGUUGAGACUAGCCUGGACAACAUGAGGAGAUGCAUGUCUCUACAAAAAAAUAGAAAUAAAUUAGCUGGUAUCAAGCAGAGUUCCAUGGAAAUAUUAAAAUUUAAAAAUAAAAAUAAAAAUAGGCCGGGCUUGGUGGUUCAUGCCUGUAAUCCUAGCACUUUGGGAGGCCAAGGCGGGCGGAUCACCUGAGGUCAGGUGUUCGA